AUGCUGCUCCCAAAACUUAAAGCCCCGCGCCCACUAGCCGACCAACCGUCGCGUGCCCUGCUCCCCAUGCGCAGCAACGUCCCCGCUCCCCCGUCGCCUAUAAAUGCUGCUCUUAGCAGCUGCAAAAAGGGGGGGUUUGAGAGAAAUCAAAGCAGCCACCCCCUUGCUUGCACAUUGAUCCAUCUUCUUUCUCCUAGCACCGAACCAGAGCACAAGACAGCCCCCGAGAGCCCUGAUUCUCUUCCAAUUUCCCCCUACACACGUCCUCAUUUUCCUCUCCUGAACCGUCUCCCUCUCAUUUGGCAACAAGAAAAAACUAGAGAACAAAAGUCCCCCUCUUCUCUGCUUUUCUCCCUUGAGGCCGGCCAUUUCAGAGCCUCUCCCCGCCAUCCCUCUAUCGGCUGCAGCCCUUUCGCCAACGCCCUCAUCAUCUCCUCCAUCCCAGCAGCAGCAACAACACCAGGAGGAGGAGCAGCGGCAGCAACACCACCAACCGCACCAGCUCAUCACUCCUUCGUUCCAGCAGCCACACCAGGAGGAGGAGCAGCCACAGCAACUCCACCAACUAGCAGCUGCAGCACCAUUGAAGAAAAGGCAGCAACCAGCUCCUCUGCAAGGAAAAGAAGAACGGUGCCUCACUCCUGGAACUGCUGCCAUUCCCUUUCAUCAAUACUGCCAAUAACAGCAGCACCAUCACUGGAAAGAAGCCACGCAAAACGCAGCAGAGAAGAGGAAGAGCAACCACAGCCAGCAGUCGCGCCACCAUCAAAGAAAAACAGGAACCUGCACCUCUACGCAGGCGAAGGAAGCAGCAGCAAGGCACUGCCCGACACUGAGAACAGCCUACCAUUUUCUUCCCAGCCGCGACAACCCCACCAGGAACAGAGCACGUCCUCUCCACCACCACCAGCUGCCACUGUCUUCCUAGUCGACAACAGCACAGUUGGGAGCAGAAGGAGAAAGGGAAAAAGAGGAGAACAGAGUUGA